UCCUGCUUCUUUUGGGCAUCUGAGACAUUACAAAACAGAAUAAUAUGGCUCUUCGAAGGAGUGUGGUUUCUCCAUGAAAAUGUCUUUCUUUUGUUAACGUUUUACUCGAUUUCGCUACAGACACUCCUAUGGCAGGACACUGGGAUUCUUAUCUACGUGACAAGUUCGCCUUAAGAAGGUAUCCAAAUGCAGCUCAAGCUCUCAGAGAUGCCAAUAGUGCCUUAAAACAAUAUCAAACGCUGAAGCCUAACGUGAAACAUUUCGUUUCUCCUGAGGGUUGGAAUAAGGAGCUAGUUUGUCUUGAAGGGACAAUACCUGUAAAUUAUCGAGGUACCAACUAUAACAUUCCAAUAUGUAUAUGGCUCCAAGAGAAACAUCCAUUUAUGCCCCCACUUGUAUAUGUUGUUCCCACUGCUGAAAUGGAAAUAAAAUCAGGGCGUCAUGUGGACAAUAAUGGCAGAGUUUACCUACCAUUUUUGACAGACUGGAAGCAUCCACAAUCAGAUCUUCUUGGAUUGAUCCAAGUUCUAUGCCUUAUCUUUGCUGAACAACCUCCGGUCUUUGCUCGCAGAGCAGUCCCUACACCACAAACAAACCAUCCUCCCCCCAGCCAUCACCCUCGCCCAACUGGAUAUUCAGGUUAUCCAGCCACUCCAAACCCCCAAAUGCCCGCAUACCCAAACCCCCAAAUGCCCCCAGGAUUUUAUCAAACUGGCCAUUCUCAGAUGCCCAUGCCUGCAAUGCCUCAAGGCCCAACACAACAAAACCCGCCCUACCCAAUUACAACCAAUCCAAACCAACCCACGGAUCGCCCCCCACCGCCGUCAAGACCUCCACCACCGUCACGACCCCAACCUCAACAUCGCCCAGUCCAACCGUAUUCCCCGCAAAGCGGUUUUCCAAUGCCUGGUGUGACACAGUCAAGUAACCCCCCCUACUCAAGCACCCAAAAUUACCAACCAAAAAUCACGACAGCCACUGAACUGUCGAGAAAUACUCAGAGUAGUUUUAAGAUUACCCCUGAAAUGAUGAAAGCUAGUCUCAAGAGUGGAGUGGAGGACAAGAUUAGGAGAAGACUGAAUGAAAUUUUCUUCCAAGCACAGGCAGAAAUGGAUGCACUGAAAAAGACUGAACUGGAGUUGAAUGAAGGCAAGAAAAAACUAGAAGAUAUGAUCAAACAAAUUGAAGUUGAAGAGGCUGAAGUGACCAAAGAUAUUGGAAUCUUAACACAGAAAAAUAAGGAAAUUGAGGAAACAGUAGCAACAUUGCAAGAACAGUCUGAUAAAAUGAAUAUCGACGAAGCCGUUGUUCCAACAACACCUUUGUAUAAUCAAAUUCUGGAUUUAUACGCCGAAGAAAACUCGUUAGACGACACAAUGUAUUACUUAGGCGAAGCUUUAAGACGCGAGAAAAUUGAUUUAGACGUGUUUUUGAAGCAUGUGCGUUCUCUAUCUCGCAAACAAUUCAUGUCUCGUGCUCUACUGCAGAAAGCCAGAAAAAGAGCUGGACUUAGCGAACUUUGAGUACGUCGUAAUUGAAAGGUACUAACUGCUGAAUAUGCGUGCAUAUCAACUCUAAACAUUUAUAAAUCGUAUCCAGUUGUAAAAUUUAGAGACUUUUUCUAUUAGUAUUGGCAAG